UCUUCCGUCUUCCUACUUGCUCUGCCAUGCAAUAUUCGUAUCUCUUUUCGGUGUACCUUCCACUUAUGGUUGGUUUUUUAUUGAUUGCUAUUGGAGCUCGUCUCGAGGAGACUUCUCCAAUUCUCGUGUUGGUUGCGCUGCCAACUGUUGUUCUAUUGUGCAGAGAAAUACUUCAACCGCCUGAUAGAAGAAAAACUUUGGUUUUAAACUGUUUGUGCUUUUUAUGUGGAUUUUUUUUACAGUUUUUGAUGGUUGGAGUGUUAUCUUCCAGCAUGCUUAAGCAUGUUGGGAUUGAUUUCAGGUUUGUUCCUCUUAUUGCUGAUGGAGUAGCAAGUUGUUUCCUUUGCUUCAAUAUUUUUGUGUUCCUACGUCCAAGAAUGUUUUUCCUCUGGUCUUCAGCGGUCUCUAUGACCAUGUUGUUACUACUGUUUCUAUUCGCUGCUGCAAUCCAAAACCUACACAUUAAUUUCCCUUUGUCCUCUAUAUGGACGGUAUAUUUGAGAUUCUAGUUAUUUUGUUUAAU